AUGUCCGGGAAAAUAAAAGGAGUGCAAUCGCUUUUACUCGAAAAAAAUGACUCGGCUUUAUACUCACCGUGCGCCGCUCACUCACUCAAUCUUAUUGGUGUUAAUGCUGCUAAAAUGUGUCCUAAAGUUGUAACUUAUUUUGGUUACGUACAACAAUUAUAUGUAUUUUUUAGUUCAAGUCCAGCUAGGUGGAGUAUUUUAAAAGAUGAAAUAGGGAAUUCAUUACAUUCACAGUCAAACACUCGAUGGAGUUCGCGUAUUCAUGCAAUUCGUCCCAUUUCAAAACAAUUACCUAGUAUCAUAAAUGCAUUGGAUCGCGUAAUAAAUGAACUUGGUAAAACACUACCAGAAAAAAAUCACAGUGAAGUUAAAUCAAUGAAAAAAUAUUUCACUACAUUUAAAAGCCUGAUUAUGUCUUCGUUUUGGUAUAAAAUAUUAUCGUGUAUUGAUCAAAGAAAUGUUAUUAUACAAAAAAGAGGAAUAUCAUUAGAUGUAGAAAUUAACCUCCUCUCAGAUUUGAAAAAGGACCUACAAAAUAUACGAGAUAGCUGGCCCCAAAUUUUAUUAGAAACGCAACAAGUAGCUAAAGAAAUGCAAAUAGUUCAACAUUUUGGAGAUAAUACUAGACGAAUAAAAAGAAAAAAAAAAUUUAUUGAUGAAACUUCUGAAAAUACUGAACCUGAAAUGGUAUUUAGAAAUGAUGUGAUUUACUACACAAUUGACUUUAUUCUUUCAGACUUAGAACAUCGAUUUCAAGCGGUCAAAAAUAUUUGUAACAUAUUUGAGCCAUUAUUAAACUUUUUAUCACUGACCAAUGAAGAAUUAGAAUUGAAAACAAAAUCACUUGUACAAAAAUACAAAUAUGAUUUAUCUGAAAAUAUGUGUCAAGAAAUGUUACAUCUGAAAACUAUAUAUUCUUCAACAUUUCAAAAAAGCCAUGUAAUGCCACCACUCGAACUAUUAAAUUCCAUUUACGCAAAAAAUGUGCAAACAAUUUUUGUAAACGUAUGUAUUAGUCUCCGAAUAUUUUGUACAAUUCCGGUGACUGUAGCAGAAGCAGAAAGGUCUUUCAGUAACUUGGGAAAUUCACUGAAGACGUGGCAAAGAUCCACAACGAGUCAAGAACGAUUAAACUCGCUUGCUAUUUUAUCUAUGGAGAAUGAAUUGGCUUCGACAAUCAACUUUGACGAUAUAAUUACCGAGUUCGCUGAGCUCAAAGCCCGCAGAAUAAAAUUUUAA